GGGGAACCGGGUGAGGGGCCUGGCUCGUCAUUGCCCAGCGCGCCCCAACAAUUCACAGCUGCACCUCACCCAGGACGCCAUGCGCUGCGUCUCCCUCUCGCGCCCGCGGCUGGCCAAGUAGCUCGGUUCGCGCAUUCCACGCCUCGGCUCAGAGAUACGCAAUCCGCGCUCCUCGCAUCCCACGCCCAUUGAUAAACCCCCGACCCCCGUCAAUCGCUGCAUCAUGGCUACCCUCACCCACGCCGCGUCGUCUGCAGUCGACUCCCACGGCGUCAAUUCCACCCGCCAGAGGGGCCCCAACGUUGAGGGCACGCACGCCAACCUUGACGCACCCAACAACUCCACACACAACGGCUCGGCGCACAAGCGGACUCGUAGUAAGGACAGCAAGUACCGCCAUGUCUUCGCAACCCACGCAGAGGCCCGCACCACCUGCCUCAGCCAUGAGUCGACCGACACCCCCAGCUUCGUCGGCUUCAGGAACCUCAUGAUCCUGGUCCUCAUCGUCUCGAACCUGCGCCUGAUGAUCGUGAACCUCCAGAAGUACGGCGUGCUCAUCUGCAUUAGCUGUCAUGACUACCGCCGCUCCGACGUCGUCACCGGCCUGCUGCUGUACCUGCUCGUCCCCGCCCACCUGUUCGUCACCUACCUGAUCGAACUGGUCGCGUCGUGGCAGGCCAAGCGCGCCCACGCCAGCUUCGAGUCCGACGAGGACACCCCCGAGAAGUACGCCGCCGCCCUGCGCAGCUUCAACUCCACCUGGCACACCGUCGCGUUCUUUCAUAGUAUCAAUGCCGUGUCGAACCUCUACAUCGCCUCCAAGUACGUCUACUACGACAUCUUCCACCCGGGUAUCGGUACAUUGUGCGAGCUGCACGCCGUCAUUGUGUUUCUGAAGUGCGCCUCCUACGCCUUCACCAACCGCGACCUGCGCCACGCGUAUCUGCACCCGAAGCAGGCCGAUCCGCUCCCCGCCCUGUACGCCUCGUGUCCGUACCCGCAGAACAUCAACUUCCGGAACAUGUGCUACUUCUGGUGGGCCCCGACGCUCGUCUACCAGCCCGUGUAUCCGCGCACUUCGCACAUUCGCUGGGGCUUCGUAUUCCACCGCCUCGCCGAAGUGCUCGUCCUCAGCAUCGUCGUCUGGAUCGCAUCAGCCCAAUACGCGGCGCCGCUGCUGCGCAACUCGCUCGACAAGCUGCUCACCCUCGACCUCCCCGCCAUCCUCGAGCGCACCAUGAAGCUCUCGACCAUCAGCGUCUUCUGCUGGCUGUGCGGCUUCUUCGCGCUCUUCCAGGCCUCGCUCAACGCCCUCGCCGAAAUCAUGCGCUUCGCCGACCGCGAGUUCUACGGCCCCUGGUGGAACGUGAGCUCCAUCCGCACCUACUGGACCACCUGGAACAAGCCCGUCACCAACUUCAUGCGCCGCCACGUCUACUCGCCGCUCGUCGGCCGCGGCGUGCCGCCCCCCGUCGCCCAGAUCGUCGUCUUCUUCAUCUCGGGCGUCCUGCACGAGCUGCUCGUCGGCGUCCCCACGCACAACGUCAUCGGCGUCGCUUUCUUCGGCAUGAUGGCCCAGAUCCCGCUCAUCGCCCUUACCGACACUAUCCAGCGUAUCCGCGGCAUCGACGGGAAAGUCGCAGGCAAUAUGAUCUUCUGGGUCAGCUUUUGUCUCGUUGGCCAGCCGCUGGGCGCGCUGCUGUAUUUCUUCGCCUGGCAGGCUAAGUUCGGGAGUGUCAGUAGGCAGUUCGAGGCGAGUCGCGCGGGGGGCAUGUUUUCGCUCCGCUAGGUGCCGGAGGUAUUGAGGCGUUGGGUAUAGAUCCGGGGGGAGGGGGGGUAUUGUUUGAUAUUGUUCUGUUCUCUGCAUGUAGCAUUGAGAUUCGUGGUUGGCCCUCGCUGCGUUCUAAGUGCCUCGUUCCCCCGUAGUACGUACAGUAUACACAGCGCCCCGCGCGCCCUCAAAGCCGCCCCG